AUGAAGCGCACAACGGACCAGAGACCCUCACUCGAUGGCAAUGGCCUGCCGGAGUCCAAGAAGCGCGCCCUCUCCAGCGAGGAGGCUGGUGCGCGCUUCAGCGACGGCCUGUUCGACCCCACGAAGCAGCAGAAGUACACCGACGCAUACGCAAAGUCGUCCCCGUACCUCCACGGUGUUAUCUGCCCUUUGAUUGAACCCUCCCUGCUGCGAUCCGUCCGCGAUGAGGUGCAAGAGCAUCUGUCCUUCACCGAGAAGGAGACCGAUAUCUACAAGAUCUUCCAAUCCGGUGACCUGGCCAACUUGGAUGGCUUGGACGACUCUUCUCUGUCCAAGCUUCCCUCCCUGCUGAAGCUUCGCGACGCCAUGUACUCAGCCCGCUUCCGCGAGUACCUCUCCUCCAUUACCGGCUCUGGAAAGCUUAGCGGCAAGAAGACCGACAUGGCCAUCAACAUUUACACCGAGGGUUGCCACCUUCUGUGCCACGACGAUGUCAUUGGAAGUCGCCGCGUGAGCUAUAUUCUCUAUUUGACCGACCCCGAUACCCCGUGGCAGGAGGAGUGGGGUGGUGCUCUGCGCCUAUACCCGACCACGACCAAGAAGGAUGCCAAUGACGAGGAUGUCAAGAUUCCCAGCCCGGACUAUAGUCUCUCUAUCCCGCCUGCCUUCAACCAGCUGAGCUUCUUCACCGUUCAGCCUGGCGAGAGCUUCCACGAUGUCGAGGAGGUGUACCACCACCGCGAAGGCGAUGACAAGUCGAAGAAGCGCGUGCGCAUGGCCAUCAGUGGAUGGUUCCACAUCCCCCAAGAGGGAGAAGAUGGUUAUGAAGAAGGUCUCGAGGAGAAGUUGGCCGAGCGCAGCAGUCUCGCCCAGCUCCAGGGCCGCGGUGAUAUCUACGACCUGCCCCAGCCGAACCCCGUGUCUUGGGAAGAACCAGAACCCGAGGUAUCUGGCAAGGGUAAGGGCAAGAUGGUGGAGCAGUCCGAAGGUAAUGAGUUCACCGAGAACGAUCUCGAGUUCUUGGUGCAGUACCUAGCACCGUCAUAUCUGACUCCCGACAUCGCCGAGGAGAUGUCCGAAGCCUUUGAGAACGAGUCCUCGCUCAGUCUGGAGCGCUUCCUGAACGAGAAGUUUGCCUCUCGCGUGAGCGCAUACAUUGAGGACCAGGAGCGACAGACCCUGCCCACUUCUUCUGAGGAGAUUCAGGCUACCACUGAGUGGACUGUGGCUUGCCCUCCCCACAAGCACCGCUAUCUGUACCAGGAGCCUGUCGAGAACGACAUUAGCAACCCGAUCAAGGAGAUUCUGAACGUCCUUUUCCCCUCCCAGGCCUUCCGCAAGUGGCUUGCGCUGAUCACCGGUGUGGACCACCUCCAGAGCCACAACUUCCUUGCCCGCCGCUUCCGUCGUGGUGCGGAUUAUACUCUGGCGAGUGGCUAUGAUGGCGAGGAGCCACGUCUGGAGUUCACUCUUGGCCUCACUCCCACGACGGGGUGGGAGAAGGAGGUUGAGGAGGACGAAGAUGAGGACGAGGAGGAUGGCGAGAAUGGCGCCUCCUCGAAGAGCUCCAAGGCCAAGAAGGAGGCCCCCGCUGAGGCUUCUGAGCAUCCCUCAGUUGGUGGCUACGAGAUCUACAUGGCCGGUGACGAAGACGAAGACGAGGAGGAAGACGAAGAAGACGCAGACCAAGUCCUCCGACCCAAGAAGGCCAAGGCCGAUCCUGCUAUUUACCGCUCUGCCGGCGCAGACGAGGACGACGGCAUCCUGUUCAGCACCCAGGCUGGCUGGAACCGUCUCAGCAUUGUGCUGCGUGAUAGCGGUACGCUGAAGUUUGUCAAGUACGUGAGUGCCAACGCCAAGGGUGAUCGGUGGGAUAUCACCGGUGAUAUUGGUGUGGAGUUUGACGAUGAAGAUGAUGAGGAUGAUGACAUGGGUGAUGAGGAUGAGGAGUAG